UAAGCAGCUUUUAUGCCAUGAUCAUCAGAACCACCUCGAGUGAAACGCGAUAAUAAAGACUACAACUCCCACAACUCUUUACGCACAUCGGUGACGUGGCCAGCGUUACCCAAGUAGACCGGGGCGAUUUGAACUUCAUUUCGGAUACCGUAAUUUCACAUAACGAUGUCCGGGAAAAUCAAAAGCAGGAGUGCAGCUAAUGCCGACUCGGUCUCGGGCAGCGUGUCCUGCGGCGAGCGCAUCUUACGGGACUGCCACCAGAUGUACAUCGACCCGGAGAGCGGACUAAUAACAAUCGCUCAGACUGUUGGGGUGACCCUGCUGCCUCCCCGAAAGAAGAUCACUGUGAUGUUGAUGGGGAACCACUCAGCUGGAAAGAGCAGCUUUAUCAAUUGGUAUGUGGAGGAGCAUAUCCAAAGAACAGGGGUGGCUAUAGAGACACAGGGCUUCAGCUUUGUUACAAGUGGACGAAAGAGGGAAUCGCUCACGGGAAAUGCAACGCUCCAUCUCUACCCCCAUUUCAAACCACUGCAGGACUUUAAAGGGCUGUCAGAAUACCUCGGCACUGAGAUUUGUACUUCACGACAGAAACGGUUCAGCUUGGUGACCUUUGUUGACACUCCUGGUCUGGUGGAUGGGGAUAUGAAGUACCCCUUUGACGUGGACCAAGCUAUUCUGUGGCUCGGUGAGCUGUGUGAUCUGAUCCUGGUCUUCUUUGACCCGAUGGGACAGGCUUUAUGCAAGCGCACACUCAACAUUGUAGAGAAACUGAAUGAGAAGCAAGGGGACCGUCUCCGUUUUUAUCUCAGUAAAGCUGAUGAGGCUGGUGGAGAGUCUGAUCGACAAAGAGUUAUGAUGCAGAUUGUGCAGGAGCUUUGCAAGCGUCCAGGACUCAACAAGUGUGGCUUCGACAUGCCCACCAUCUAUGUUCCCAACCCUAAUAAGUCCAGUCGAUGUGUCAAUCAGAUUGAAGAGGUGUGUCGAACUAUAGAGAAGACCAUUAACCAGACUGUGCAGAACACACUGAACUCGCUGGAGAAGGACUGUAACCUCAUCACUGAGGCGAUCACCGAGACACUUGAUAAUGACAGGCAGUGCAAUAUAGAGAACCGUCGAUCACGUUUCAAGGGCUGUUUGUUGGGCAUGCUGGGUUUCACUGUGCCCCUGCUGCUCCUCGUCACCCUGGUGCUCGGCAGCCUCUCCAAAGAUUUGCUGGUGCUAUUGCUCGGUGAUAGUGGCAUAGAGGCACUCACACUAUAUGUGGUUCCUGUUGUGAAGGCGUUUGAAUCCUUGUCAGGGGAGGUGCAGCUGUAUAGUUGUGCUGGACUGGUGCUGUUGUCCUUCGUCUUUAUCCUCCUCGCUCGCUUUUCUUUCAGGACCAAACCAACACUCUCUGGGAAACAAAAGAGACAGCUUCAACAAAAACUGGAGUAUGUCCAGGAGGUAGUGAAGACCAAAAAGAAAAACCUCUAUGAGGAGUACCUGCGUCAGAGUGUGGGUGAUCAGGACAUGAACUGAGAGGGAAUAUAGACUUCAAAUAUCUGGAUAGGAUGAAUACAGCACCCAGAAGGACCAGUAAACUCUAUCUCAUCAUUCCUGUAAUGUAAAGGACACAGAGAAACUAUUUAAUUGUCAUUUAGUUACACAAAACUGCUUCUGUAAGCUGUAUUUCAGCACUAAAUAAUGAUGGAGCUGUGGCCCAAUACUGUGUUUGUUUGUUUUAUUAUUUUUUUUAUUUUUAGUCUCAGUGCAGUAUAACAAUUGUAUUGUAAAUGUCAAUUGAAGGGACACAUGAUGAGAUUUGAUUAAUGCUCUGAAAUAUCCUAUUGUUGGGCAAUAGCAGAUAUUAAACCAUCCACCUUUUCCCUGCUGUGUACCCCGAAAUACUCUGUAUUGUAUGGUAAAUUACCAGAAUCACUGAGGAAUAAGUAACCCUUCAUUUGACAUUAGAUUCUAAUGACUUCUGGUGUCUAUUUACAUAAUGGGUCAGUUUUAAUAGAAAUAUUGAAGCUGGCUUUUGUAUACCACUGUUACAUUUUUAUGUCAAGUUAUUGCUGUUAUGAUAAUAAACGUAUGUGUGUAUAGCUUCAUUGCUAUUCAGAAACUGGCAAA